UGCAAUCUCUUUUGCGGAUAAAAGCGGCAGAGAUCCUACCUCCUCUGACCGUAGCUGUUGACCAUGACGAUCAAAGUUUGGGCUCCGUGCAAGUCCUAAGCCCGCAACUCUCCCUGUCCCACGGGAGUGUGCAAAGGGAGGGACACGCCGCGUGGGGAGGGCGGCGGAGCAGCGGGGAGGAGAGGAGGCGCGGCAGCCUGCGCCGGGGGCGUGGAGCCAGUGCGAGCCCGAGCAGGUCCCGCGCUCCCGCGGCCAGAAACACGGCCCGGCCGGGAGCUCCGUGACCGCGCGCACCGCCCGGAGCUGGGGACCUGCACGUCCUCUCGCUGCCGGCCAGUUCCCGGAGGGAAGGCGCCCAACGCACCGGUGCCGGAGGCGACGCAGGUGUGUCUGAGGUGCUGUGACUGCAGACAAUGACGCUGUCUUGAUGCAAACACGUCACAGGGGCCUGCGGGCGCUUCAUUUACCGGUUAAACCCAUUUUCUUCAGCUGUAAAACAAAAGUAAGAGGAGACAUUCUGAUUGUCGUUCUUCUGGGUUUCCUCCUUCCCGACAGAGCAAUGGGGGUGCUGUCAAAUGGGAGAGGAUCGAUCGCAGCUCUAGUUUUCUUCCUGGUAAAGUUCUCCACGGCCACCGAAAUACCACUUUCAGUCCAGCAGGUCCCAACCAUCACAAAACAGUCAAAACUGCAAGUGGCCUUUCCCUUCGAUGAAUAUUUCCAAAUCGAGUGUGAAGCGCAAGGGAAUCCAGCACCAACAUUUACAUGGACUAAGGAUGACAAGCCCUUUGACUUCUCUGACCCUCGGAUCAUUGUCUCCAACAACUCCGGGACCUUCAAGAUCCCAAACGAGGGCCACAUAUCUCACUUUCAAGGGAAAUACCGCUGUUUUGCUUCAAAUAAACUAGGAGUUGCAAUGUCAGAAGAAAUUGAAUUCAUAGUUCCAAGUGUUCCAAAAUUCCCAAAAGAAAAAAUCGACCCUUUGGAAGUGGAGGAGGGAGACCCCGUUGUCCUCCCGUGCAAGCCCCCCACGGGCCUCCCACCUUUACACAUUUACUGGAUGAAUAUCGAGCUGGAGCACAUCGAGCAGGACGAGCGUGUGUACAUGAGCCAGGAGGGAGACCUGUACUUCGCCAACGUGGAGGAGAGAGACAGCCGUAGCGACUACUGCUGCUUCGCCGCCUUCCCGAAGCUCAGAACCAUUGUGCAGAAGAUGCCCAUGAAGCUGACUGUCAACAGCUUAAAGCAUGCUAAUGACUCGAGUUCAUCCACAGACAUUGGUUUCAAGGCAAACUCCAUCAAGCAGAGAAAAGCCAGACUGCUGUUGCCACCUGCGGAGAGAGGCCCCGAGUCCUCGGUCACCAUCCUCAAAGGGGACACCCUGCUGCUGGAGUGCUUUGCGGAAGGCCUACCAACCCCACAGGUUGACUGGGAAAAAGUGGGUGGUGAUCUACCAAAGGGAAGAGAAACAAAAGAAAAUUAUGGCAAGACUUUGAAGAUCGAGAAAGUCACCUACCGGGACAAAGGAAUUUACCGAUGCACAGCCACCAACUUCUUGGGAUGGGCCUCUCACGACUUCCAUGUUAUAAUAGAAGAGCCCCCUCGAUGGACGAAGAAGCCCCAGAGUGGUGUGUACAGUACGGGGGGCAGUGGCAUCCUGUUAUGUGAGGCUGAAGGAGACCCUGCGCCCACCAUCAAGUGGAGAGUCAACGGCUCGCCAAUUGAGAAAAACCCAUUUGCUGGUGAUGUCCUCUCCCCCAGGGAGAUCAGCUUUACCAACCUGCAGCCGAACCACUCUGCCGUGUACCAGUGUGAGGCGUCCAACGCCCACGGAACCAUCCUUGCCAACGCCAACGUGGAUGUUGUAGAUGUCCCUCCACUGAUACAAACUGAGGACGGGAAGAGCUAUGCGGCGGUGGUGGGCGCCAGCACCUUCCUACACUGCAGGUUCUUCGCGUCCCCCGAGGCGGCCGUGUCCUGGGAGAAGGUGGAAGAAAUGAAUCCGCUGGAAGGCAGGCGGUUCCAGGUCCACAAGGACGGCACCCUGCAGCUCGACGGGGCCACCGAGGAUGACGCUGGCCAGUACUCGUGCUGGGUGGUCAACGCGAAGGGGAGGGCGGUCGUCACGGCCAGUCUCGAUAUUCGAAAUGCUACAAAAGUUCGCAUUUCUCCUGCGAGUCCUCGUGUCCCCACAUCGCACACCCUGGAAUUGCACUGUGAGAGCCAGUGUGACGCCCACCUGAAGCAAAGCUUGAGGUUAUCCUGGAGCAAAGAUGGAGAAGCCUUUGAAAUGAACGGCACAGAGGAUGGCAGGGUAACUAUCGACGGAGCCAGUCUGACCAUAUCCGCUGUCACUCUGGAGGACCAGGGCAUUUACACCUGCUCUGCUCAGACUGAGCUCGACAACGUCACUGCUGUCACCCAAGUGACCAUCCUGGAUGUCCCGGACCCACCAGAGCACCUGAGCUUGUCCGAAAGACAGAACAGGAGCGUCCGGCUGACGUGGGAAGCUGGAGACGACCACAACAGUGACAUCAGCGAGUACAUCGUGGAAUUUGAAGGGAACAAGGAGGAGCCCGGAAGGUGGGAGGAACUGAGGAGAGUGCAGGGAGAGGAGACGACAGUCGUGUUACCUUUGGCUCCGUAUGUGACCUACCAGUUCAGGGUCAUUGCCGUGAACGAGGUCGGGAGGAGCCAGCCUAGCAGGCCGUCUGACCGUCAUGAAACACCCCCAGCAGCUCCAGACAAGAAUCCACAAAGCAUAAGAGUCCAAGCCUCUCAGCCCAAGGAAAUGAUUAUAAAAUGGGAGCCGUUGAAGUCCAUGGAGCAGAAUGGACCGGGACUGGAGUACAGAGUGACCUGGAAGCCCCAGGGAGCCUCAGUGGAGUGGGAAGAAGAAACCGUCACAAACCAUACCCUGCGGGUGAUGACGCCCACGGUCUAUGCUCCAUACGAAGUUCAAGUCCAGGCCACCAACAGCCUGGGUGCUGGCCCCGAGCCCCAGUCCGUGGUUCUCUACUCCGGGGAGGACUAUCCUGACACAGCUCCAGUGAUCCAGGGGGUGGACGUUAUAAACAGCACGGUGGUUAAAGUGACCUGGUCAACAAUUCCAAAGGACAGAGUCCACGGACAUCUGAAAGGAUACCAGAUAAAUUGGUGGAAAACAAAAAGUCUGCUCGAUGGAAGAACGCAUCCCAGAGAAGUAAACAUUCUGAGAUUUUCAGGACAGAGAAACUAUGGAAUGGUUCCUUCCCUAGACGCCUUCAGUGAAUUUCGCUUAACCAUCUUAGCCUAUAAUUCCAAAGGAGCUGGGCCCGAGAGUGAGCCCUACACGUUUCAAACACCGGAAGGAGUACCCGAACAGCCAACUUUUCUCAAGGUCGUCAAAGUCGAUAAAGACGCUGCUACUUUAUCCUGGGGCCUGCCUAAGAAGCUCAAUGGAAACUUAACGGGCUAUGUAUUACAGUACCAGAUAAUAAAUGACACUGAUGAGAUCGGAGAACUAAAUGACAUCAACAUCACAACCCCGUCCAAGCCCAGCUGGCGUCUCUCGAACCUGAGCUCCACGACCAAGUACAAGUUCUACGUGAGGGCCUGCACAGCGAAGGGUUGCGGCAAGGCCAUCACUGAGGAGAGCACCACAACAGGAGACGGCGGUAAAAGUAUUGGGAAGAUACCAGAAGGAGUAAAUGUUACUCGAAAGAUGCACCCAGUAGAGGCGUUUGAGCCAGGAGCCGAACCCAUAGUCCGCGUGUUGCCUAAGAGCUGGGUUGAUAACAAUAGCAUUUUUGAAGAUGUAAUUGAGACAAGAGGGAGAGUGACGUUUAGUUGUCCCCAAAGGGGCAUCAUCCCAGUGCCUGUUUCUGGCAUUCAGCCUGUGACUCUCUGUGCCGCAGAAUAUGCUGGUUUAUAUGACGACAUCGCCACGCAGGGCUGGUUCAUUGGGUUGAUGUGCGCCAUUGCCCUCCUCACACUCACGCUGUUAACGGUUUGCUUUGUGAAGAGGAACAAAGGUGGGAAGUACUCAGUGAAAGAAAAGGAAGACCUGCACCCAGACCCGGAAGGUCAGUCGGGGAAGGACGAGACGUUUGGUGACUACAGUGACAGUGAUGAGAAACCUCUCAAAGGAAGCCUUCGGUCCCUUACCAGGGACAUCCAGGCCACAGAAAGUGCUGACAGCUUAGUUGAGUAUGGAGAGGGCGAGCAGGGCCUGUUUGGUGAAGACGGCUCGUUCAUCGGCGCCUACGCAGGCUCUAAGGAGAAGGCGUCUGUGGAGAGCAACACGAGCUCCUCAGCAGCCUUCCCUCUUCGAGCAUGAACGCAGCAUGUGUGGCAGCCUCCCGUGUUGGCCUGUUGGAGGGGGCAGGACGUUCACGCAGGGACAGAAACACACGGGCAGAGGAGUCCACCCAGAUGCCAGCAGCCUGCAGUCACGUGGAGGAAAAUGGCACUGCCUUGGAAAGGAAAGCGGGCACGACAGACCUGUGGCUUUUGUCAGGUGCUGAAAUGCAGAAUGUGACACAAAUCCUGUGUUUAGAGUCACCUCAACUAAAUCCAAAGUUCACCUCCGAGGGCUCCCCAGGGUCCUGCACACUCGUGACGCCCUCCUGUCCCGUGUGCACAUGUGUGUCAGCCCUGAGAAUGGUCAGAUUGACUUAGCUUCCCGACAGGUUAAAAGAUGGUAAGCCAACAGUUAUUUAAACUGUAAGAGGAACACAAAUGUCUCAUUAAGACCGCUCCUUGAGCACAUACAGUCUAAAUGUACUAUUUAAAUUUUUAGUAGAUCUUAGGUAAGCAGUCAACUGGUAUUUAUUGAGCUCUAACUAUUUGCCCGGAACAGUCAUGUUCAAACAGAGUUCUAACUUCUUCAGUUUCAACGUCAAUCAUUUAUUUCUGUCAGUUACGGCAUCUGCAAAGGCCUUUGUUUUCUUGGAUUUUUCUUGGACUAAAUUCAGCUGCAAAGACAGCAGUGGUCGGAAGGUUAUCUUGUGAAAGAACACGCAUGAGUUCUUCGUGGUGCCGGCGUGUGAUAACUCUAUGUAUUUAAAUUGCCAUUUCUCAGUUGGCCGCUUUCCCUUUUUUCUGUGUUUAUAUAAUGGUAUGCACAUAGAUUUCAUGAAUGCAUUGUACAUAUUAUAUUUACACAAUUUAAAGUAUAGAUGUGUUUUAUUUGGAUGUGAGACAACAUUAACAGGCGUGUCUGUGCAGCUAGAGUAAAUAGUAAGAUACCACUUUCCAGCAUUUCAGAACGGCCCCCAAUAGCGUGAGAUCCCCAGCGGGAGACUUUGUACAACACAUUUGGAUUUUGUUCUUAUAUUACUUUUCCAACAGCCUCAAAAUAAAAUAUCAUAUAAAUAUUGGGGGAAAUGUUUUCCUGUUUUUCAAAAUAAGUUUUGUUUGUGUGUACUGCUACUGCACCCCCAAGGAAAACGUGUUUACAGUUGAAGUUCCUGUACAUAUGUUUGCCUAUGUCCCAUUUUAACCAUCUUCAGGGCGGGAUGUUCUUCUGUGUUCUCCUUCUGUCGAUGUCAGUGCAAAUUCAGGAAAUUUAUUUCCUGGCAUGUGGUCUACUAGCCCUUCUAAAAUUGUACAUGGAAAUGGUUUAGAAGUAGUAGGAAGGAUUGUGCAUGCAUGUCAGUAAAAUUCAGUGUACAACUUCUCGUUUUAUGGAAACAUUUUUUUAACCUUACCGCAGAAUUCUUAAUUAUGUUUAAGUGAAAUUGACUUACAGAUUUCACCUUAUUUUUUGAACUGUAGCUAUGGGCGUAUCUUGUGAAAUCCUUGACUUUGAUUUCUGUAGCCCACUCUAUUUCUUGUGGACCAAAAUUAGGGCUAUUUACAACGGUCAACACAGUAACCCAUGUCCGAAUGCAUAAAUAGGUAGCAGGUGAAUGUCUUUUUUCAACAAUGCCUCUUGAGUCAGGGUUUGACCACACUCCCAAAAUAAGUUUUUCCAGUAGGGGAGGGCAACUUGGUUUGCACCCCCUGAGUGUGGGACCCACACACCCACCAGUGCCCCUGUAGCUUCAUCCUCCUCUGAUUUCUACGUAACAGCUUUUCUGGUGGGAGGAAUACCAUGUUUUGACUUCUCUAGAAGGGAUUUCUGGUACCCAGCUAGCGAUGAGGCCCAAGGUUGGGCCUUUCGAGUUUAGUUCUGCUAUUAUUCUAGUUCCUUUUCAUUGCCAUCAGCCAAAAAGGUCUUAAGAGAAUCCUGUAAGUUGGCAAGAAUCUCAAAAAUCAUUAGGAGCAGAUUUCUUAUAAAUGUAAUAAUCUUUAAGUUAGAAGUUAACACAAUAAUGGAAUGUCUGCUUUUCCUCAAUCUUGGAGCUCCCUUUUAUCCUCUGGGUAACAAGGAUGUCCUGCUUAUCUUUUCUGAGUGACCAAAACUAACAGAUAUGAAACAUAAGCUCGCAUGACAACUGCCUUUGGCCGUCUCUCUCUAGUACCUUUUCUCAGUACCAUGUGGCUUCUACCAGAAACCAUCUGCUCAGAAGGAAUGGGUCCAUGACCCACUUUGGCUGGUCCACUGUUGAUAUUAUUUUAAUGAUGUCGAUUGUGUAUAACCUCAAGGACUGUUGGUGGAAUGACUCCCUAGAGAGCUGCCUGAGGGUUGGGAAAGCCUAGUCUUUCCCUGGUUCCAGCACUGACUUUGUACAUAAAACCUUAGGCAAGUUGUUUGUCCCCUCUGCUUCAAACUGUCUCAACUAUAAAGUGCUAAUGUUAUCUCAGUUACCUUAUCUUUGUCACAGGGUGUUUUUUGUAUGAAGAAAAAUUUGAAGAUGAUAAAAGCUAAGAUGCCUUUUAACUUCAUAAACAAACCUAUUAUCUAAUGAUGUAUCGAAAAGUCACCCCCCACACACCAACAUAAUUUUUUCCUGUGAGCACAUAAAUAUAUUUUUAUAGGAAAACAAAUCUACAGGAAAUGAAAUAAAUCUGUUCAAUGAGCAGUGCGAUUUUCACAUGCCAUCAAAAAUUACUUAAUCAGACGAAAAUUAAGCAGGGUCUUUGCUAUACAAAAGUGUUCUUCACUGAUUUUGCAUGUGUAUUUAUAAGAAAAUGUGAAUUUGGUGGGUUUAUUCUAUUGGUAUGAAGGCAUCGGAUAUUUUAGAUGUGCCCAUGUUUAUAAAAAUGUAAAGCACAAUGAAAUUAUGCUGGAAGUCUCAAAUGAUAUUUUUUUCCUAUUUUAUAUUCAUGGAAGAGAUGAGCUAAAGAGAGACCAAUAAUGAGAAAUGUUGGUGUGUUUUUCUAAGCAUUUAAAGCAUAAUUGCCGAUUGAAACCCUAAAUAUGUUUACAUGCCAUUACAAUAUGGUCCUUGUACCGAUUCUGAAAUGAUUACAAAGGGACUGGGUUUGUAAUCUGUGGUAGUGGCUAGCCUGGGGAAGUUCCUACAGUGAAAUGAGGAGUGUGGAACCAAAGCUUACUUUGUUUUGUAACUGAAAUUAUUCAAUUACGUCAUCAAAAGAGAUAAAAGGUAUGUAAAGCUGGUUUACUUGCUUAUUCUUUUCUGGCUUAGAUUAAUAUUCACAGUAGAACUUUAUUAAAAUGUGUUUGUGUUGUAGGUGAUGUUUGUAUGAUGCUUAUGAAUAUGUAUGGUUUAAAAAUAUUUUCACUGUACAUGAAAUUCAACUUGCCAAAUAAAAGUCUGACUUCA